GUGUCAGUGGGAGGAAGACUGCCCCAUCAUAGGUGUCAGUGGGAGGAAGAGUGCCCCAUCAUCGGUGUCAGUGGGAGGAAGAGUGCCCCAUCAUCGGUGUCACUGGGAGGAAGUGUGUCCCAUCAUUGGUGUCAUUGGGAGGAAGAGUGCCCCAUCAUCGGUGUCAUUGGGAGGAAGAGUGCCCCAUCAUCGGUGUCAUUGGGAGGAAGAGUGCCCCAUCAUCGGUGUCAUUGGGAGGAAGAGUGCCCCAUCAUCGGUGUCAGUGGGAGGAAGAGUGCCCCAUCAUUGGUGUCAGUGGGAGGAAUAGUGCCCCAUCAUUGGUGUCAGUGGGAGGAAGAGUGCCCCAUCAUUGGUGUCAGUGGGAGGAAGAGUGCCCCAUCAUUGGUGUCAGUGGGAGGAAGA